CAAUCAACGGCGCACACUCACUGGCUGACACGUGGUUUGGCUGCCUGUCUCUGGGCCCCUGGUCUUUUCCUGGCCUUCAGAGGGUAUCACUCGAGCCUGAUCAGAUUCGGCGGAGCCUUGAGAGGCUGAAGCAAAUUUUAUGCAUAUCUAUGCCUACUCGUGGAUGACGAUGAGGCACUGACCGGCGGCUUAUCGGACCCGCGACCUGUGGCAAGUAGCGCAGAGACAUUUCUUCAGCCAUCAUGCCCUCAUUCACGCUCCCCAAAGUCUCUCCCAGCGUCGAGGUGACGAUCCCGGUGAACAUCACGCAGGACGAACUGCUCGCGUUCCGGCCUUUCAAGGACUGGCUCGCAACGCUGCAGAAAUCCAUCAAGGUGCAAAAGUCCGAAGCGACGCACGCCUUCUACGACAAGAAGGACCCCUAUCAACUACGGUCCAUCAACGUCCAUGCGGUGGAGCGGUUCGGAUCUCGCAUCGGCUUCGUCUUGAUGGAGACGGUGGUGCAGAAUGCCGCCGACCCGCGACCGUUGCCCGGCAUCGUCUUCUUGCGCGGCGGCAGCGUCGCGAUCCUGAUGAUCGUCCGGCCGGAAGGGGACAGCGACGAGAGAUUCGUCGUCAUGACCCAGCAGCCCCGGAUCCCGGCCGGGAGCCUCACCUUCUACGAGAUCCCGGCCGGCAUGAUCGACGAGUCGGGGACGUUUGUGGGCGCCGCGGCGACCGAGAUCCGCGAGGAGACCGGCUGGCGAGUCCCCCAGGGGGAGCUCGUCGACAUGACGGAGAUGGCGCUGAGGAACUCGACCGGCAUCGAGAGCCACUUGCAGAAGGCCAUGUAUCCCAGCCCCGGGGGAUGUGACGAAUUCAUCGCCCUGUUCCUGUGGGAGAGGACCAUGUCUCGCAAGGAACUCGCCGAGCUGAGAGGCAGGUUGACUGGGAACCCCAAAGAAAGAGAGAAGAUCAAGGUGAAGCUGGUCGAGUACAAAGAACUGUGGAGGGAAGGGGCGCGGGACGCAAAGACGCUGGGGGCUUGGGCGCUGUAUGAGGGAUUGACGAGAGAUGGGAUCUUGAAGUGAAGACGAUGGCACUUUGGAGAUAUCAUUGUCAACGUUGCGUCUCCUGGGGAUGAUAUUGCCAUCCAUUUAUGAGACUACCCUUUGCGUCGUCGAAAGCAAGUCCAUGUUCAUAGCCGUGGCUGUUGUCACGUAUCCCUUCCUGCUGCGACACCCAGUCCAGCGAGGACC